UCGUGAAACAGAAAAAGUGUAAAAUACUAUCGGCCUUACUUUUCUCCUAUUUCGUAUCGCGGAGUUUGGUUGAAAAUAUAUUUAAGAUCUGUGUAUACUUGAUUGAUCGUAGAGAGUACAUUCUUGAACGUGGCUAACAUGGCAGCCUCCUUAUGAUCAAAACAGACCGAUCUGGCCUCUCUGGGUGAAAAGGUGUAGGCCUUUGGUCAGUGCAUGGUCAGUGGUAAAGCCGCUCAGGUGGGAGACUGUUCCAAUCCAUUAUCAGGUCGGGGACCUGAUUGAACCACAUUUCUGGACUCUGCAUACAUCACCUGAUCCAGCGACAGUGGAAUGACAUCAUUUUAAAGUUACUUUUUAGAUCAUGGCUCUCAAAUGGGCCCGAUAUCUUCAUAAUUAAUCUGCUAAAUUUUCUUUGCUGUUCAAGGCUUCACAGAGACAAUGGAUAAAGUGAAGAAUGCUACCCAUCCAAUUUUAGAACCUCUCACCUUCCCAGAAGUUAAAUGCAAACAGUCAACCUCAGCAGAGAGUGAAACCAACAACUCAUUCAUAGGCUGUCUACUGUGCUCAUUGACCUUUGACCUUCAAAGGCACGAGUCAGAGUUUCUGAAGCAUCUUCAAGUUGCACACAGUCUGUGCAUCGCUGAUGUCAACCUCAUUUGUGAUCUUAGAAGAUACAUUGAAUACUGGCGAAUGAGGUUCAGCCAGGAAUCCUACGUGCAAUUCUGCACCUUGGUCAAGCAAGAUUCUCAAACCUGGCGCAUAGGGAAUGAGUCCCAGUAUUAUCUCCUGUCAGACCUCACACCGGAAGACAAGAAGUUGAGGGAGGACCUCCAGCUGAAAAGACUAGACAUGAUUCUCAGUACCCAGCAGCAGGAACGAGAAGAUUCCACUUUCUCCAGGGGUUGCCUGUUUUGUCGGGAGCAUUUUGAGGGAAACAGGGCCUCUUUGUUUGAUCAUAUGGCUUUUGAUCACCAUUUCAGUGUAGGCCAACCAAAUAAUAUCGUUUUUGCCAACGAGUUUCUGGACAUACUUGAAGAAAAAUUAAGCAGUUUCAAGUGUCUGUAUUGCGACAAGACCUUUAAGGAUAGACUGACCCUUAAGGAGCACAUGCGCAAGAAGAUGCACAAGAGAAUCAAUCCCAGGAACCCUGUCUAUGACAAGUUCUAUGUCAUCAACUACCUGGAGCUGGGCAAGAACUGGGAAGCGGUGCUAUCAGAAGAAGAGGAGGAUGAAGAUGGAAGACGAAGGGGAGAUGAGCGAGAUGAUGUGCAGAAGGAUGACAACUGGGAGGACUGGCAGGAGGAUUCUGGGAUAGGUGCUGUGUGCCUCUUUUGUCCAGUGAGCACUGCUGACAUCAAGAAGUUGGAGACACAUAUGCUGUCCUUGCAUGGGUUUGACCUUGAGCACAUGAAACGAGGUUUGAAUUUUUACUUGCAAGUCAAGCUGAUCAACUACAUCAGGCGCUGUGUUCAUCAGAGGUCCUGCAUCCGAUGCAAGGAAGUCUUCCCCAACAGGGAGGGGCUACUGGAUCACAUGACAUCACAGGGUCACAUGACAGACUUGCCUGACAAGCAGGAUUGGGAUCAGCCUCAAUAUUUCUUCCCAACCUAUGAGAAUGACACCUUGCUUUAUAAAUUGGAAGAUGAUGAUGAAGAUGGCAUUGAUGAUGAACCAGGCAGAGCAGGGAAGACACCUGUCAUUGCUGAAGAUACUCCCAUUGCAAGGAGUAGCAUCUUGAGAGAUCACAACGUCCUCCGAGGUUUAAGGGACAGCUGACUGAGGACACAGUGAAAAGUUGAAAAGGACCAAUGAGAUUGAUGCCGUUGAAACAAAGACUGUAUAUUGAGGUUGGAAGAUUUUUUUUCUCUUCAUCAAGUUGAAGAUCCAGGAAACAUGCAGGCUUGGUAUCUUCACAGAUGGAUUUCUGUGGUUAAGCUGACUUGUCCUUUUGACAUUGGUUGGUCUGAAAAUGGUUGGCAGAAACUUUUGCUACUUGGAGCCGAGAACGUCGUUUAUUUUAUCCAGUGUGAAAUACUCAUUGAGGGUACGUGUGACUGUGAAAGAGACUAAUUUCAAGUGGGCAUCUAAGCCAGCUAAUGUAUUCUUGCACACUGGGAAACAAUUCUUUAUUUCAACACAGAUGAAGAUAUAUUUCCUCAAGCACAUGGGUAUGUUGUAUAUUUUUACCUGCCACAUUCAUACAUUAAUUCAGGCGCAUUACCCACUUUUGUUCUGUAUUUGUAUACAAUAUAUAAGUAUGUCAGCAUCAUGAAAAGGAUGUUUCUUACGUACAAAGUUGAAUAUUUGUGAUUUAUCAAUGAAUUUUCAAAUUACAUCAAAACUCACAAAUCAUAUGAAAAUAUUUGGUUGCACUGGAUUGCGUAUAGAGUUGUAUUAAAGUUGUGCUCUAUGAGAUGAAAUUGUUUUGUGUAUACUUUACAGUUCUUUCUGGGAUGGCAAGUUAUACUUGUUAUAUUUAGUAUUGCAUUAUACCCUGAAAAUAUCACUUCAGGUUUAAUUUCUACCAUUAAAUUAAGUUCAGAUGUGUUGUAACUUGUUAAUUUAGAAACCUACCUGCACUGGAUCCUCUCAAUUUACUCUUUCUUUAGAUUGCUUUUAUCAUGAUGAAAAAUCCAUUGCAAGAAAUUAUUCUCACAUUAAUCAACAUUAACUGAAUACACAAAUAAUGAUGUGACAAGGGAAUUGUUCCAAAUAUUGCUAUGUACUUAAUAAUUUCUUGGAAAUGGAAAAAAGGUGGGAAAACUUCACUAAAGUGCAGUUCCUAAAGUGAUACCACCAAAUAUUGAACAAUGUAGCAGUAUCACUUUCAAUGGAUCCAUCCGUAUUUCCAAGUUAAUGUUUUGACCCACAUGGAUGUAAUGAGCCUUUUGCAAGUAACAUUUGAAUAAAAUCUGGUACACCGAGUCCUUUAAAUCAUGUGAACAUAAAUAUUUGAAUUCUCCACAUGAAAGACUCUUGCUAUACCUUGUGAUUCCGGGCAAGCUUUUGCUAAAAGAGAUGCC